CACAGCUGUGCCAAAUGUCCAGUUUGUGACCGAACCCAUUAGCAAACUUAGACAAAGAAUCUGAGGUCUAACUUAAUUAUCCACACGUCUGGAUCUAAUAAGUCUAUGGGCUUUGCAGCUUUACCGUUGCACAAGAUGGCCCCGCUAGUGCGCAGCCUCAGUGCUAUCUCCAUUUGGGCCGAUUUCUCACAAUGCUGAGUACGCGGGACAUCUCUGUCUUUCUAUCGAUUUUUUUUGAUUGUACACCCCCAACAGCGUUUUGUUAACUUCAACUCGCUGUAUAUCCCCAUACCAUAGAAAGAAAGUCAUUUAGUAUAAGUUCUUGCUUGUGUCAUCACUAACUUGACCAGCCAUCAUCUGGCGCAAUGCAAUCAAAUAAUGUCCUAAUCAUUGGACCUCCACACACUGGCAAGAUCAGAAUUGCCCAACAUAUAACCAAGGAUUUAGAUACGAGCACAAUUCAACCAGAUUCUCAUAGUGGUCUCAUAUACAACUACAAGCUACGUACCAAGUACUUCACACUGGACGUGAACUUGCUAGUUGAAGAAUACCCGGAUUCCAGAGCUUCGCAGUCCUCCAAUCUGACGCUGCUACAGACAUUUCUUGAUGAGUUUAAAUCUCCCGAAUUCACAGAACUUAGGGACGCAUUAGAUGGUUUAGUCUUCACUAUAAAAAGUCCCAUUGAUGAUGAGUGCCUUUCCGAAACCCUUGCUUUGUUUGUGAAAAUGAAAGAGUUGCUUGAAGACAAUGAUAUAUUCCUGGUGGUUGUAGACUUUAUUGAUCCCAUUCAUAAAUCAUUGCUGGAUAUCACUGAAGACGAAGUGAUUGCUCAUGGUUUCGAAUAUGUCAACUUCCACGAACUGGGAACAAAUGAGUAUGCGGAAAAAAUAGGAAAGGACCGGCUCGUUGAAAUUUUUCAUACCCACGAAUGGUCUCAUAGCGACAAGCCCAUGAGCAAUGAAGCCUAUACAAGCCGCAAGAAGGAUAAGCUAGGUCCAAUGACCAAAGGACUCAUGGAUGAAGAAAAUGACAGGUUUCAAGAUCAGUCUCUACCUCCACUAAAUCAGCCUCUGGCUCCAAUGGAUUUAGACGUUUUACUCACAAAGCUCAAUCUCGACAAAUUAAGAGCUCAAGAAAUGAACGACGAGGAUAAAAAGGCUUUCAUUGAGGACUUGGUCGAUGACUAUAUGGAGUACUUUUAAAUUUAGGAAACAAAUAAAAUCUAUAGUUUUGCUUUCUUAUCGGUGGGAUAUUCAAUUAAAUAGCCAGGAUCAAAGUAGCACUCUUGGCAGUCCUCAUCUGGCACGCCGUUUUCAUUAAUGAAGACAGCAAAAUCAAUGUGCGGAGUACUGUCAUCAAUUACCACCAUUGGUGCAUGCCACACACCUGC